AUGGCCCUACCGCAGUCAAUAUUGAUUGUCGGAGGCGGGGUAUUCGGGUUAUCAACCGCCCUAUCGCUCUCAGAACGACACCCAAACAACAAAAUCACCCUCAUCGAGGCUUCACCCACAAUCCCCAACCCUCACGGCUCAUCAGUCGACUCGUCGCGCAUCAUCCGAGCAGACUAUGCCAACCCCGCAUACGCCAAACUAGCAGCAGCUGGGAUCAAGAAAUGGCGGACUACGGAAUGGGGUAAAGAUGGGCGUUACACGGAAAACGGGCUAGCUCUGCUUUACGCAGAUGACAACCCUGAUUCGGAGAGAUAUACUAGAAAGAGCUAUGAGAAUGUGAAGAGGCUGCUCGAAGAAGAAGGAGGAGGAGGAGGAGGAGGAGAAAAAGGAGCGGACAAGGUGGUCUACCUGUCGACCAAGGCAGAUGUAGAGAAAGUUGUGCCACGAUACGCGGCGGGAAUGAAUAUUGCUGGAGGCUAUCUCAACCGAGGAUCAGGAUGGGGAGAUGCUGAAUCGGGGGUCCGAUUUGCUAAGCAGAAACUCGACGAGCUAAACAAAGUCACUAUCAAACAUGGAGAGGUGGAAAGACUUAUAUUUGAGGAUCGGGAUGCUCAAAAGACGUCGUCACCACUUAAAGUAGCCGGUGUUAUUCUGAAAGACAACCUGACUGGCACCACCACGACAGUUACUGCUGAUCUUGUCAUCCUGGCUACUGGGGCCUCUACACCCAAGUUGAUUGACUUACGCGGCAUGGUCGAAGCUACAGGUCAAGUUUUGGCCUAUAUCAAGAUCUCAGACGAAGAGCAGGCGCAGUUGGCUCACAUGCCGACUAUUCUGAGUUUUUCAACGGGCAUGUUCAUUAUUCCGCCACGAAAUAACGAGCUCAAGAUCGCACGCCAUGCGUAUGGCUAUCUGAACCCACAGGAUAUUCCAAUACCCGGCACCACCAGAAGCUCCAACAAUGAACAGCAAACGAUGAAUAUUAGCGUCCCUGUAUACAACGUACCAGUUCCCGCGGAAGGGGAAGAUGCCUGUCGUCGGGCUCUUCGUGAGAUGUUACCGGCAUUUGCCGAGAGACCAUUCGUGCGUACUCGGAUUUGCUGGUAUUCAGAUACGUAUGUCUUCUUCUUCUUCUUCUUCUUCUUCUUCUUCUUCGAUGCAAACACGAAAAGACUAGAGAAACUGACUAACUCCAUGCGUAUCAUCUAUGGCAUGAAAGACCCUCCGGAGAUUUCCUAA